AAAGUGAAAGUGAAUAAGUGAUGUAUCAACUGUCAAAACUUCUCAGCAAAAAUCUCGAAAUCAAAUUUUCCGAUCUGCUGAUCAAUCGAUAAUAUUUCUUUCUUAGUUUCCUUCGAGCUUUGUUGUGAGCAGAGGAAAUGGGGCUUCUUAGUAUCAUCCGGAAAAUCAAGAGAAAAGAGAAAGAAAUGCGAAUUCUUAUGGUUGGGCUUGAUAAUUCAGGGAAGACCACGAUUGUUAUGAAGAUUAAUGGAGAGGACACAAGCGUCAUCAGUCCCACUCUUGGCUUCAACAUCAAAACCAUCAGCUACCAAAAAUAUACUCUGAACAUAUGGGAUGUAGGGGGUCAAAGAACCAUAAGAUCAUAUUGGAGGAACUAUUUUGAGCAAACUGAUGGUUUGGUGUGGGUUGUUGAUAGCUCAGAUCUUAGAAGAUUAGAUGAUUGCAAAAUGGAACUUGAUAAUCUUCUAAAGGAAGAGAGAUUAUCAGGGGCAUCCUUAUUGAUACUAGCUAACAAACAGGACAUUAAAGGAGCUCUUACACCAGCUGAAAUUGCUAAAGUGCUGAAGCUGGAAGCUAUGGAUAAAACACGGCACUGGAAAAUUGUAGGCUGCAGUGCAUACACUGGUGAAGGCCUGCUUGAGGGAUUUGAUUGGUUGGUUCAAGAUGUGGCCUCCCGGAUCUACAUGCUUGAUUAGCUUGAAUUUGAUUUAUGUAGAGUGCUGUCAUUCUUCACUUGGGACCAUAGAUUUGGAACCAAGGAUUAUUCUUUGUUUAGGUGAACUCUGAUACACGAAGAUAAAAAUUUGGAAAUCUGCCACAGGACUUAAAAUAUCAAAUUUUAAGAUUUGAAAUGCAUGUUUGCACCAAAUCUAUCCAAUUUGAACACCCUUUGCUUUGA